AGAGUGGACAGUAGGUGAUACAUUAGAUACCAAUGGUAUGAAUAAUGAAGAAUACAAGAAGAAGUAUCAGCAGCAACUGCAGACAGGAAGAAGAAUAUGGUUGGAGGAGUUUGAGAAGACCAUACAAGCUAUUGAAGAGAAGGAGAAAGAAUUACAAGAAAGAAAGAGAGAAGCACAAGUUUUUUGUCAGCAGUUGCAGCAGAAGGAAAGAGAAGAAGCAGAGAAAGAUCAAGAAAUAAGAAGAUAUCAUAACCAGUUACAAGAGAAGGAUAGGGAGCUACAGGAGAAGGACAGAGAAGAGGCAGAGGGAAAGCAGAGAUAUCAUAGCCAGUUACAGGAGAAGGAGAAAGAAGAAGCCGAGAAAGAAAAGAGGCAUCAUCAGCAGUUGUUACAAGAGAAGGUGAGAAAUGAGGCACUGAUUACACUGAAAACUCAAGAAAUACAACAAUACCGUAAUCAGUUACAAGAGAAGGAGCAAGAAAUAGUAAGCUAUUGCAAUCUAUUACAAGAGAAAGAGAGAGAGAAGGCAGAGAUGGAACAAAGAUACUAUUGGCAGCUACAAGAAAGUGAGAGAAAGAAUUCUUUGAAAGGUAAAGAAAUGCAAAGAUACUAUACUUAUCAGUUACGAGAAAAAGAGCAACAAAUACAAAAAUAUAUUUAUCAAUUGCAAGAAAAAGAAAGAAAGGAGGUACAGCAAGAUCAAAUAAUACGAAGAUAUUGUCAGCAUUUACAAGAAAAGGCAGCAAAAGAGCAAGAAAUACAAAAAUAUUGUGAAAAAUUGAAAGAGGAGGCAAAGAAAGAGAAAGGACAUCAUCAAGAACUACAAGAAAAGGAGGCAAUAAAAGAGAAAGAAAUACAAAGAUAUCGUCAAGAGUUAUGAGAGAAAGGGAAAAAGGAGGCAGAGAAAGAGUAUCAGUUACUGGAGGCACAAAGGCUAAAAGAUAAAUAUUUUCAGCAGUUGCAGGAGAAAGGCAAGGAGCUUGCAGAAAAGGAGCAAAAGAUACAAAUGUAUUAUCAACAGUUACAAGAAAAGGAGAGAGAGGAGGCAAAGAUGAAGCAAUAUUAUAAUCAUGAGUUACAAAAGAUAAGGAAGGAGCUAGAAGAUAGAGUAAAUGAGAUUCAAAGGCUUAAUCAGCUGUUACAAAAUAAAAGCGAGGAACUAAUUGAAAGAGACCAAAAAGUGAAGGAACACCUGCAGCAAAUACAACAAUAUGAGCAUCUGAAAGAUACAAACAUUCAACAAGAGACAAGAGUAGAUCAAGAUAAAGUUCAGGAAGUCAAGUUGCUUCAUUCUUCAGAAGAAGUGGAACAAAAUUCUGUGAUACCAUCAGAAGAUAGAAAGCUUCAAGAAGAUACAAAAAAAGCUUCAAAAGAUGAUAGCAAAUUAGGGAACCAAAUGCAUGAAUUAACUCAAGGUUGUAACAGUGAUAUACUUGAUGACAAAGUUGUCAAAAGUGUAACUGUAGAUGAACUUAAAGGGGUACAUAUUGCUGAGAAGAAUUCAUUUCUUAUUCAUGGUGGAUCUAUCCAGUCAGUCAAGUGGGAGGAAUAUGGUAUAAGGAUAACAAUACCACAAGGAGCAGUGCUACCCUCUGAUACUGUACAGGUCACCAUUGCUGCUCUUGUAGGAGGAGAUUUUAUAUUCCCAGAAGAUACUGAGCUUGCUAGUGCAGUAUACGCUAUAAACAUCACCAAACCAUUUCUUAAACCUGUUAAACUGGAGAUACAACAUUGUGUCUCCAUUGAAACAGUUUCUCACUGCAGUUAUCUUAGUUUUGCUACUUCAACAAACAAUCAGCCACCCUACCAGUUUGAUACAGUAGAUGGUGGAGAAUUUUUUAUUGGCAAUAGAUAUGGUAGUAUUAGUGUUGCUACAUUUUCUAAGUAUGCCGCAUUAAAGAAAAAAUCAAAAAAAUGCAAAAAAGCAAGCAGGAAGGAAAGCAAGAAGGAAAGUAAGAAGGAAAGGAAGAAAAAACUACACACUGCACUAUCACUUCAUUUAUCAUCAUCUAAUUCUUUGCCUGUUGAAUUAUUCAAAUUAUCCCGACCAUCUUAUGAUGGACUGCAAUCACUAACAUCUUCAAUUGACCCACCAGCACUUUCUCCUACUUCAUCUUCCUCAAAAAAUGGGACAUUAGUGGACACUACUCCAACAGAAGAUGAACGAGCACUUUCUCCUACUUCAUCUUCCUCCAAAAAAUGGGACAUUAGUGGACACUACUCCAACAGAAGAUGAACGAGC